UCUACCUACCUGUAAUUAUCCCAUCUUUCUAUGUAUGUGUUUCUCGUUCAUUUCCUUCCUUCCUUUUAAGUGAGUGCGUAAAGGCCUGCUGGUCCCAUCUAGAACAUAAGAAAUGAGUCACAAUGAAGAGUAUUUAAAAGUUCGUGAGGUUGGUUACUUGCUGAACAAAGAUGGCGGUGAGGAGCCAGUGUUGAUUUUGGGAAGUGAGUGUAUUUUAAGGCUUCGGGGAGGAGCAGCGAUAUUUGGGCCGAGUUUAUUAAGGCUUACUGAUGACUGAGACAACAAUCUUCAUCUUAAACAGCACCAUGGAUCAUCUGUGCGUCCCCCAUGCACCCAGAAGCCUCACUAAAGGACAAAUUCAGGUGAUCUUUGGGCCCAUGUUCUCAGGCAAGACCACGGAGCUGAUGAGGCGGCUGAGGCGCUACCAGCUGGCCGCACACAGCUGCCUCGUCAUCAAGUAUGCCGCCGACAACAGGUAUGACAGUGCAGGAAUGGUGACGCACGACAAGCAGAUCUUCCCGGCCACCUCCGCCACAAGCCUGGAGGGUCUCAGGGACACAGCUGAGGCCUACACCAUCAUCGGGAUUGACGAGGGACAGUUUUUCCCAGACACAGUGGAGUUUGCUGAAGACAUGGCCAACAGGGGCAAGACAGUCAUUGUGGCAGCCUUGGACGGGACCUUCCAGCGCAAGGGUUUUGGCAACAUUUUACAGCUGGUGCCCCUCGCCGAGUCUGUGGUGAAGCUGAGUGCUGUGUGUACGGUUUGCUACCAGGAGGCCCACUACACCAAACGGACCUCAGCGGAGACAGCCCUGGAGGUGAUCGGAGGGAGUGACAAGUACAUCGCCACCUGCCGCAAGUGUUAUUUCCGCGUCUUGCCUCUGAACCAGUUGCCUCCACCUGACCAUCAGGCCCUCAAGGCCAUAAAGUAGAACGACGAGCCUUCCACUGAAGCAGAUGAAGGAGAUGGAACCACAGCAUCCACCCAGAGUGAUGGAGAAAGUGAAGAACCUCAAUCACCAAAACGACAUGGCGGUCAGUCAGAAACUCCAUAUAGAGGAGAUUGAGUCAUGGGUUUUAGAGUUGCGGACAGAUGUUAUGAACUUGAUGGAAAAGAGUUAGGGAUGCACUUCAAAGGCUCAGUGACCUACUCUCGUAAACCUUCUUGAUAAUUGUCUGUGUCGUAAGUAAACACGCUUUUGCUUUAUACAUAUCAAUUAUUUAUAUUCACUUUAUUCGUCAAUUUUUAAAUAGAAAAGUAAUGGCGGUUAAUUUUUAUUUGCAAAGUACUUUAAUAAUGCAACUGUUGAUUUUUUUAUUUAUUUAUUUAUUUUUUUUUUUCCACUAUUGAAAGGUCUGUGAUUUUUUAGUUGAAGUUGAUAUUAUUUAUAAUCUGCAGUUGCUUUAAGAAAUUGCAGUCAUUUUUAAGGUUCUGUGAUCUCUUACUGUAGUCGAUUCACUUGAGCUGGAUCCCAGAUGAACUUAUAAGAUCCCAGAUGAACUGAGUAAAGAUCCCAGAUGAACUAAGUAAAGAUCCCAGAUGAACUAAGUAAAGAUCCCAGAUGAACUAAGUAAAGAUCCCAGAUGAACUAAGUAAAGAUCCCAGAUGAACUUAUAAGUAAAGAUCCCAGAUGAACUCAGUAAAGAAAUAGAAAUAUAUAUUUUCUGAACCUACAUACGCAUUCAUUGAGCAACGGAAAUAUCAGACACCUCCCCCUCCCCAACAGCCAGUCAGCAGCAUCCCUAUAUACACACCUGGCAAGGGACCCACCCACUGCUAGGAGGGA